GCUUGGUUCCUAUAACUCAACAAAAAUCCAUCCUCUUGAUUAUAAAAAACUUUUCUCGACUGUCUCUGGUCAACAAUACAUCUUCAAAUAUGCAUUGAAGUCGCAUUGAAUUCUUUUUCGAACACUGAUUACAAAAUCUAUCAAUUCAAGUGCAGGAGGUCUAUGAAAAUGUCAGACACACGUUAUCCUACCAUAUCACCAGCAAUGCUGAAGAACAUCAUGAAUGAAUUCUUGGUUCUAGAUCUUGAUGACUUCAAUGAUACAGUUGAAGUGAUUGUAGGCAAGGGUGAGACGGAAUUCAGACCUCAAUUCGCAUCCAAAGUCUUGGCGUUGCAUUCAGAAUACUUCCGUCUGAAAAUCAAAAAUUUUUCAUACAUACCACAUACCGAGAAACAAUCUCUUACUAUCAAUCUCUGCGAACAGAAUAUCAUAGCAUUGGAGGCUUUCUUUGCGUGGAACACAACUGGCAAAAUUCUUUCCUCAAAGCGACUUUCUCCUGUAACUGUGGACCCCGAGGCAGCAACAAUAACAGCAGAAAAGCUUGAUAAGUAUGAGGUUUUUUGGGAUCAGCUUUUGGAAUGCUACUUCUUGGCAGAUUUCCUGGGUGCUCCAGCCUUCGGUAAUGCCACCAUAGAUGCGUUAAUCGAUGCUAUCAAUUAUGAGAGGGAAGAUCGGGAAAAACUGGAACCAAAUUUCGAAGUUUCCGAGCAACUUUUGGCAGUCGACAACUCCGAAGAUAAUCAGAAUGAUCCUAAUAUCUUCGGUGAUGAAAACAAUGAUGAGGAAGAUCAAGGUGACGACAAUGAAGAUCCAUGGGAAAUGCAUGGCCUACGUCGAGACCCGUUCGACGAGAAUCUGCCUCGACGAGAGAUUAGACGGAUGCUUGGUACUUUACCCCACCAGUUUCAACGAGUUUACUCCAUGACUAAGGCAGAUUCGCCACUCCGGAAGAUGCUUGUUGAUAAAAUCAUCGAACAGUGCACGGCCUAUCAAUCUCACGACGAACAGCUGUUUGGUUUGCUCAAGGGGGGUGUACCAGUAGAAUUCCACCAAGAUUUGGCCGAUGAAUUAGUGCGGAGCUUCAAUUUAGCCUAUCAAGUGAGCCAAGGCAGAUAUCCUAAGCGUAUGAACGCACGUGAUCGAGCUGGAAGAAGGUGCUACUAUCACAUUCAUAGAGUCGGAGAACCGUGUCCCAGUUCCGAAUCCUAACCUGGGUGGUAAAGGUAUCAGACGCGGGGGUAUAAAUUUGUGGCUGAAAUAGAUUCUUGGGAGGAAUUGAAGGCCUGAUUGGUUCUAAAUUCAAAGAUGCAGGUACUUGAACUGUCACAAAGCUUUAGUGCUAUAAAGGUUUCACGGUAAUGGUAAUAUUGCAUCGAAUGCAUGGUUAAUAAAUUGAAGGAAAGACUGUGUAUCAUGUGCACAUCAAUUUUUCGAAUUUCUUAAAGUUUAAUAAUUGUGA